AUGCCGUCCGCAACUACACCGUCUGCCUCCACCAAGGAGAUUAGCAGCUUCAAAAUUCAAAACCCCGGCGGCGACUGGCGUGAUGAACUCGAAAAGAAGGGCUACACGGUGGUCCGCGGCGUAAUCACCCCGGAACGCGCACAGUACUACCAGCAGCAGGCCUUCCAAUGGCUGCAGACGUUCGACCCAGACUUUGACCCCAAGGACCCGACGACGUGGUCCGAGGAGAAGCUGCCGCUGCAGACGGACAAGAACACGUACGAGCACUACAGCGUGAUCCACGAGCGCUUCAUGUGGGAGGCGCGCCAGGAGCCCAAGCUGAUUGAGGCGUUUGCGCAGCUCUGGGGCACCGACGAGCUGCUGGUGUCGUUUGACUCGCUCAACGUCACGCUGCCCAACUUCAAGCCGCCGCGCGCGCCGUGGCCGCACGUGGACCAGGCGCCCCGCAAGCGCGGGCUGCACUGCAUCCAGGGCAUUUUGAAUCUGAGCCAGGCGGGGCCCGACGACGGCUCGCUGUGCGUCAUGGACGGCUCGGCGGCGCUCGUGGAGGCCUUCUUUGACGAAGAGACCGACCCGGCCGACUGGGCGAUGCGCGACAACCGCUACUUUUCCGCGCAGGACAUGGCGUGGUUCACCGCGCGCGGCGUGCGGCCCGUCCGCGUCGAGGCCGCGCCGGGCGACCUGAUCCUCUGGGACUCGCGCUGCAUCCACUGGGGCGGCGAGCCCACGGCCGCCAGCACCACGAUCCGCACCGUGAUCUACGCGGCGUACGCCCCGGCGUCGCUCGCCUCGCCAGAGGCCCUGGCCGAGAAGCAGCGCGUCUUCCAGGCGCACGGCGGCACCACGCACUGGCCGCACACCAACAUCAAGCUGCGCGAGCUGGCGGCGCGGCUGCCGGACGGCACGCCGGACCCGCGGCACCGCGAGAAGCCGCUGCAGCCGGCCGAGCAGACGGACAAGCUGCUAAAGCUGGCGGGCGUGAAGGCGUAUUGA